AGAGUCCAGACAAACAAUGAACACUCGAAAUCUGUUCUCUGCUCUGCGGGUACCAUCGGGCACGCGAAGUAGGGUCUUCUGGGCGGGCAACUGGGUCUGCAGGUCAUGUCGGACAAAGCAUCCGUCUCGCGCGAGACCCUUGAGCUCCAGUAGCUCUGAAAGAAAACCCUAUUAUAUUACGACCCCUAUCUUCUAUGUCAAUGCUGCCCCCCAUGUUGGACAUUUAUAUACUAUGGUCCUCACGGACAUUCUCAAACGAUGGCAGGUCUUGAAUGGAGAGAAGGCAAUCCUCUGCACUGGAACCGACGAACAUGGCAUGAAGAUCCAGCAAGCAGCUACAAAAGCCAACAUUCCUCCAAAAGAGUUCUGCGACAUAACGGCCGAAACGUUCAAAUCCCUUGCAAAACGAGCAGCAUUGUCGAAUGACUAUUUUGUCAGGACGACGGACGAAGACCAUAAGGAAGCUGUCCAGUACUUUUGGCAUAUGCUGCGAGAAAGGGGUUAUAUAUAUGAAUCUAAACAUGAGGGGUGGUACUGCGUCAGCGAUGAAACUUUUUACCCCGAGUCGACGAUUGAGAAAAGACUAGAUCCUUUCACGGGAAGGACUUUUAUGGCAUCACAAGAGACUGGCAAGGAGGUUGAAUGGACGUCGGAAGCAAACUAUCAUUUUCGGCUAUCUGCCUUCAAGGAUCGACUUCUCGAAUUUUAUAAAAAGAACCCAGAAUUUGUUGUCCCAGCAACUCGAAUGAACGAUGUCAUCAAUUGGGUCUCCGAGGGUUUGGAAGAUUUGUCUAUUUCUCGACCUGUUGAACGAUUGACUUGGGGAAUUCGUGUUCCCGAUGAUGAGACCCAAACCAUUUAUGUCUGGCUGGAUGCUCUUAUUAACUAUAUUACGAAAGCUGGCUAUCCAUGGGCACCAGGUCGGGAACAGACAGGAGGGUGGCCGGCAGAUGUCCAAGUUAUUGGAAAGGAUAUUGUUCGAUUCCACUGCAUAUAUUGGCCGGCGUUUCUUAUGGCUCUUGACUUAGAGCCUCCGAGGCAGAUUCUCACCCACGCUCACUGGACGCUAGGUCACCAGAAGAUGGCAAAAUCCACGGGAAAUGUGGUCAAUCCAUUCUUUGCGCUUGAUCGAUUCGGAGUUGACGUAAUGCGAUACUAUCUGGCCCAUGAUGGUGGUAUUUCGCAAGAUUCGGAUUAUGGCAACAGGUUCAUUGUAGAGAGAUAUAAAAAGGGUCUCCAAGGUGGUCUUGGAAACUUGGUGAGUAGAGUCACAAGACCGAAGAUUUGGAGCGUGCGGAAGUCCGUAGAGGCCGCGAGCGUUGGGGCAUUGCGUGAACCGGACGAGAGCACGACCAAACAAAUAAAUAUGCUCGAGUCUCUUCCUGAGAAGGUCAGCCUCAAAAUGAAACAAUUGAAUCCUGGGGCAGCACUGCAGAUUAUUAUGGAUGCCGUAUAUGAGACGAACAAAUACCUGCAGUUCAAUGAGCCCUGGAUCAGAGCUAAGAAAGAGACAGACCAGGAAGCCGAGCAGAAGCACAUUGAACGUACGAUAUACUAUUCCGCUGAGGCUAUUCGCAUUACCGGCAUCCUUUUACAACCGUAUAUGCCGGAUAAAGCCUCCCAACUACUCGAUAUGAUAGGCGUGGACAAGUCACGUCGAGAAUUCAAAGAUACUCUCCUCGGAGCUGAUAAGACCUAUGGUGAUGCUGCUGCGCCGCUGGGAAAGGGUGCAUGGGAUUCCUUGUUUCCCCCAUUAUCUGUGGAGAAUUGAUGUACUGCAGUGUGUAAAUAGAUGGCGUCCACUGUGUUUUGGAGGAUGAGAUGCUUACGCUCUAGGAGAACUUGUACAAUGUAACUUUAGAUACCCAGUUGGGUUGGAUUGGCCGGAGUUGGGCAAACGUUGCUGGUUUACUACCUGGUUGAAAAGACUAGGAGCCAUGUACCAAUUAUCCCCACCUCAAAUCUUUGAAAUCAAUUGAAGCCGCG